CUAGGUAACCCAUGGUAAUUAAAUAAUAUUUGAAAACGAAUGUAAGUCGAUCGAUUAGUUGCAGAUGUAUUCAGACACAAGUGCCUUUGACCAUCUUGUCCGAAUUCAAAAUGCGUCGUGGCGCUCCGCUGCCUGUACUCCCAGGCUUUAACUUUGAUACCAGAAUCGGACAAACAAAAUUCCACAAGCCCCAACAUUUUGGCAGAAUUCAUACUGGUGUUUAUUAUUUGUCAGAGAAAGCAAAAUGCGGUAUUGGCGGAAAACCUUUGCCAUUUGUAGGGCAUGAUCGCUAUCCAGCUCUAUAUCCUCGUGGCGAGGUCCAAGCUCUACCCCCGUGGCUUGCAUUUGAUAACCAACGAUUGAUGUUUAAAGCUUAUUUUCAAGAAACAGUUCAAGAGAGAUGGCAGUCACCAUUUCAGAUAAGGGUAGUCACAAUAAGUUUCUUUCUGGAGGAUGGUACCAUAAAGAUUUCGGAACCACAAGUUGAUAAUAGUGGAUUAGAACAAGGUGUCCUGGUUAGGCGACAAAGAAUACCAAUGCCAGAUCCUGUACGAUAUCGAUACUACGAUAUCCUGGAUCUUAAUAUAGGCAAAGAACCAGAGUUCUUUGCUCGGGUGUACAAAAUUGUUGACUGCGAUAAAUUCACCAGAAGAUUCCUGAACCGUUGCGGCAUACCUGUUCCUGAUCCUAUUGAAAUACCAAGAGAUCCCUAUAAUGAGCGGCGCAAAGUUGAAGUAUUUUCAAAAAAACCAAAUCGAAAGAUGGACACCUUGGCCAAGUUUCUAUCCAAUGACAGAAAAGUCCUAAGAUUUUAUGGCUACUGGGAUGACACAGGUUCGACAUAUGGCGUGAUGCACGAUUUAGAGCUACAUUUCUAUCUCUCAGAUGAUACAAUUGAGAUAAAAGAAAAUAUUCCACCAAACUCUGGUCGUGAUACUGGCUUGGUGUUCAUAAAGCGAAUGAAGCUUCCAAAGGAUUUUUCAAAAGUCGAUGCUCCGGGCGCGGCAGAUCCUUUUACCAUUCUGAAUGUUCUGGGAGAGAAUACCUCUUCCAGUUGGUACAUAGUAGAUUCAUUGAACACUGGAAUAUCUGAUAGAGAAUUUUACCAGGAUAAAGAUUUGAUGAUUGGCGCUGAAAUUAAUGUAUUUGGUAGAAAAGUUGUUCUAACAGACAUGGAUCCUUACACAAGAGAAUAUUAUAGAGUUAAAUUUGGCAUAGAUGAUUUCACGCCAUUGGAAAGACCUGAUAUCAAAAAGGAAUCUGAAUGUAAGCCAGUAGAGAAAUAUGUACCUCCAUACAAUGGAUAUGGUAGUUACGAAGACUCCCUUGGGAACUGCUUCAGCAUAGAGCCAAGGCCGCCGAAGAUAGAUUUUGUCAAGUUUUACGAACAUGAUAAGCAGGGUUUUGAGAGUCACGUUCUUCGAUUCAGAGCAAAGCUUAUAUCCAACAUACCCGAAAACAAUGACCGACAUUUCAUAAUAAGAGUAUUUUUAACAGAUAAUACGAUUUCGAUAUUUGAAUUGGCAGUUCGAAACUCAGGUUUCAAGCGAUGUUUGUUUCAAAAAAGAAUGGAAGUGAUGAUGCCUCAACAAGAUAUUUAUACGAACAAAAAACCGAAAUAUUACGAGCCUCAUCAAUUUUAUAUCGGUGCGCGAGUCAAUCUCAAUGGGUUUAAUUUUCAAAUAACAUCAGCUGAUAUCUACGCCCUUCGAUACAUGGAAAUUCAUUGCAAUCAGUUUCCUAAGGCCAAUAUGAAGUUGAUAAUGGAGAAGUUACGCAAGGCUUUGAAACCGGUAUACAAAAAAUUUCUGCAGGAAAACUAUCCCGUAUCUCCAGAGUGCGAAUCUCCGGUUGUGGAAUACAAAAAUUUACGAGGAGCCUUAUGCAAAUAUCUGGGAGACCAGAUAACUGAACAUGAAAUGAUCACUCUUGCACGUUAUUAUUCAUCCCAUGAAAAAAAAGAACGACAUACAAGGGAAUACAUAAGAUCUUUGGUGCAUGGAGAAUUGACUCGGCAGCUUUGGACAGAUGUGGAAAGGUUGGAGGAAGAUUUACACCAUGUGGACAGAGCAAGAACUGGCUAUUUGCCUCGUGACGAGCUCUACACCAUUAUACGCGGCUGUCGUCUUGCUCUGGACAUUGAAUUAUUAAAUUCUAUGUUAGAUCAUCUCUGCAAAAAUGAGGAAGGUAAGAUCGACUACAAUGAUCUACUGCAAUUCAUUGAUGUGAAACAGAAUCCCGUCAUGCCAACACCUCCGAUCAAUGUAAAGUCUGCUUUGUGGUGGGCAUCAGAGAAGGAACCAGACUGCGGUGCGGGCGUUGACUGGUGCAGAUUUUUAGCUGAUUUAGAUAUCAAAGAGGAAGAUUGCGAGCCGAUGUUACCAGCAAACUGAAGAAAAUGGAAAAUCUCAUUUGGAGGAAUGGACUCUUGAAUCUCGUAAGAAGUCUCAUACACACUUUUAUACGAUUUUACUUUAUAUCUGAAAUCGUUUGAAUAAAGAACGGCGUAAAGAAAAUGAAAGGUCGGUACUAGUUUGAUGAGGAUGUUUAAUUAAUCGUACAUCGAUUACAUAUAAUUGAAAAACAAAAUCAUCUAUAUUUACAUCGGACAUUUUUAUAUUCUACUAUAAAUAAAAUCAAACGCUAUAAUAAUAUGAUACGAUAUUAAAUAUACUAUCAGACGCGGAGAGCCAAUAAAUAUUGAACAUGCAUUAAUUACAUUAAGUACGUAAAUUGGUUUCUUGGCAAUCUUCCGAUUAUAUUUAAGUAAACAAUUUGUAAUCAUUUUUCAACUAAUUACAUUCGUGGGUAUUAGCGGACUUGCGGCAAGUCUUACAUUUGACAUAACAGCAAUUGUACCAUUUGCAUUGGCACCUUUCAAGUAUCUCUUCCGUCUUGGUAACGUGUCCGCGGCCGCAACACAGAUAUUCGCAACCCUCGUAACCAGAGCUGGUCGCGUUGCACUGUCUGAAACAUAAUAUGAUCGGAAUACCGUUGAGCAUAAUUCAGCCUGUUUUCUAUAUUCAAACGUCGCCUAAUUAUAUUUAUCUCAUUCUUUGUACGAGCGCGUGAUGUUAUUAAUAUCUCUUCACCCGAUUUUGUCCCCUAUAGUCGCGAGCCACACCCGUACACGCGGUGUUUAUAUUUCUAGGCCCAUUUCUUGGCUGACGUAAAUUCCAUGACUAAUGCAAUCAAGGGCUUACAAAAUGCAGUAAAGUCCGCGAUCCUUUUGUCCGUCUGCAUAUUCUCUCUGUGCAUUUUAUACCGCUAUGCGAAUUGCAAAAGUAUAAUAAAUUCUUUCGGAAAAAAAUAUAUACGAUAUACGGUGAGAUUUCGCGCCUUAGGCAUUCAAAAUGCCAAAGUCGCUUUCGUUUUGUUUCAUAGCUAUAUCUACUACAGUUAGUGUAUGUAUAUUCACCUUCCCACGGUGCCGAGGCUCCCGCGUUUUGUAUCUGGGAGGCAAUAAUCUGGGCUUUUGGUGGUAUAGAGGAGGUUGUCGUGGUGAUAUAAAGGAGGCAAUCGACCACCCGGUCUCGCUUUGACUUCCGCAGCUGUUGAGUAUCUUUGAAGAAGACGUUUUCCUGCAACCGCUGGUCCAGAAGAUCCGAGUCCUCGCCAGCAGGUCCUUACGCUACAGGAACCCGAAACACCGUGACAUUUGCAUUCCAAUGUCAACGACUGUUCGACAGCCUGCGGAGGAAUGCCAAGUUAUGAAUAAUAGAAGAGACGAGAACCCCGUAUUUCUUUUUUGUUACUAUUCCGUUAUUGGCAUGCUAUAACUAUAAUACAGUAUAACCUUACCCUUCUACCAGCUCUGUUGUUGUGCAUGUUUACCGCGUGCAUGAAUUUACCCAUGGCCCCGGUCCCGGGCGGGCUGGAGGCUUGGAGGAAUCUCUUAGCGAUUCUCGACGCAGAUUUUACGUCAUCGCCGCAUCCACCCCACUUGAAGGAAUUCCUUGAAGCUAGUGCCCCCAGUGCCGCAGACGAAGAAGUCAAGGCGGAGGGUGAUGGCGGCUCUCUCCGAGGAGGUGUCGCACAGGAACAAGCUGCAAGACUCCCCAAAGCACAGCCUCGUGCUAGUCGCCAAACUGCAGCAGCGGCAGACAUCGCAUAGACGAAGGCUUGUUCUCGAGUUCCUGCAAAAUGUGAGAUAUUCCAUGUGAGUUACAAAUCAUUUCAAUCGAUGUUUAUGAAAAGGUGGAAAGAAUAAAAUCAGGUAAGAUGUAUACGACGAAGGUGCAUCAAUUUUCUAGCUUUUGAACUGUCGACGUAGCGCGAGGCCUAUUUCGGUAGAAAAUUGGACGAGAAGAACCUGGGGAAGCCACUGACCGGCGACUCGCGGGACCCGUAAUUGCCUUGCUUCGAUAAUAAAUUCUCAGCCAUAAUUAAGAACUAAGAACGCGCGUCUUUUCAUUUAGGUCUUCCCAUUCAACGCGGCAAAAGCGAAGGCGGUGGUGGAGGCGGAGGCGGAGGCGGAGACGAAGAGCGCGAGGGCGAAGAACUCGUUCAAGGAAAGGGGAACAGUGAAUAUUACGACGAUAGCUACAAAAUCCCUGCCUAGAAACUGCUGCGAGAUUUCAUUUUACUCUUUGCCCUCGGGCAAACGUUAGGGAACAGGUGCCACGAAAAAAAAAAACUCACAUGAGAGUUUGAUGGAAAAUGAGAAGAAAAAAAAUAUACCUCAGUGAAUAAUAAAUGUCAAACCUCCGAGCAGAUCCUGGGUGUAAUUUGGAGCGAGCUGGAUCGAACUACAGUUCCAUCUGCGAUGCCGAAACGUCUGUUGGCAGACGGUCGCUGUAUCUUUUGCAGCCUCGACCAGGUUGGGCAUGACAUCGGGCGCCGCGCGACACACCCUGGCCUGUUUUCGCUCCAAAAGUCCGGAACUCCUGGCCCCGGAAUUCAAGGACUUCGAUGUACGCCGAACGUUUUGCCUUCGCAGAGGACGGAAAAGACGCGCGAUAUUUCAGGCUUUGCCAAAGAGCGGGGAAUUCCUACUCACUCCAGGAACGUUUCACCCGGCGUAAUGCCCACGAUCUGGGUUUGAUCGUAAAGCCAGUCAAGAACCGUAAAACGCAGGACGACGCAAGACGCGAACGCGUCAAAUAAACCUCACAAAUCGCACCAUUCCGGUUAUGGCCAGCAAUUACGAACACCUGUAACUUCGAACGAUCUCAAACGCGUCUAGACGCCCAUAGAAGAGUACAGCAAACUGAAUGUAAGCGCCCCAACUCGUGGAUAAAAUCGAACAAAAUACUUGAAAAGAAAAGAAAAUCCGUGAAGGUCCUUCGAAAGUAUUUUGAUUUUUCAAAAGGUGGGCAUAAACGGGAUCAAACAAAAUACCUCACAAUCUAUUUUGCAAAUGAAUGUUCGUUACAUUAUCGAGAAGCGCAUGUGUUGUAAAAUCUUUGUGAGUCGACGAUCCGGGGGUGUGCAGGCGGACGUAAAAUUAACUAGUUAAAUUUAAUCAACUGAAUCAUAUGUAUCAAUUAAACGUCCCUGCGGCGUUCUUCAUCUCAUAAAAUGAGCCACGAUGCAAGGAUAAAGCCUGCGUUUUCAUAUAAAACGGACCAUCUAAGAUUAGAUUACGUGACAAUUGCGUGGCUUCAAAGACCCUCACGAUCACCGGUCUCCGAGUAUAACAAGUCCCGUGGAAAAAAAAAAAAAUACCGAAAGUACAAUAACAACAACAACAACAACAACAGCAAUAAUAUUAAUAAUAAUAAUAAAAAUAAACGAUACCAAGAUUUAUCGUGCACGCAAUUCUACGGUCUACCGUAUAACUUGACAAUAAGCUCCGCAGCAGUACGAGAGGUAAUUCAGAGGAGCAAGUUAUCACAUGCAUGACAAUAUACUGCACGUGUAUAUGAAACGAGAAACAACGAGUGGGAGAUUUUUUUUUUUGUUUUUUUUUUAUUCUUUUCUCGGGCAGUAAACCCCGCGGUGUCUUGUUCCUCGCGUAAGCCUGUAAGGCCAUUUAACACCUGGCGCACUGAGCAUUAAAGGUGUAGUGAAUUGUAUCAGGCUUGAGACGUUAUUAAGUAGUGGAUUUCAUUUUAUUUAAAAUGUUUUCCCUCGAUAACUCAUUGUUUUACUUCUGUACCUGGAAAUAAUUUUUCUAUACGAUUUGUUAGGUUCUACCGACACGAAAGGGCGAUUUAGGAAAAGGGGUGAUAGAUGCGAGGGAAAGAAAAACGCGGUUGAUGAACUACGGGCGGAGUGAUGGCCGUUUCGCGUGCCUGCAGACUACGCCAAAACCCCCAAGACCAAUUCCCUCCCGUCCUGCAGCGAAGGUAUUUUGAGCUUGAUGUGGUGGGCAGGGCGAUCCCGAAGGGGAGAAGAUUGGAGGGUGUGUAUGCGUCUUAUUUCCGUGAUUUAUGCCGACAAAACGAAGGAGAAAAGGGAAUAUUCUUUAAUAACAACCUUCUGAGCUGUUAUUAUGUGAAAGAAUGAUUGUUGCAUGGGCCACAUCGGCGGGACUGGGGGGGGGGGGAAUACAUAAUCAGUCGAUAAUUUAUUAGUUAAGAAUCAUACGUGCUUAAUUGUAAAAAUCUUAUUACGCACAGUCGACAUGUUAUUUUCAUCAUUUAUUUAUCAAUUAACAUUCGCAACUGAAAAUAGAUAUUUCGCUCGAUCCGGGAAAGUUAGAUCGGGUGAUAUAAUUAUCUCUGCACGUAGAUUCUGUUUCAGAUGAAGGACCGUCCGGAGGAUAAGCUGGAUCUAAGUGAAAGAUGAUCUAGCGGUCGAAGAUUAUGAUAUAGGAGACCACCGACGUACCCUAUUUAUUUGUUUCUCAUUAAGCCGACUACAUUAAUCUUGGACCGUUUCGUUCCAUCAUCGCCAAUGAUCGUUCCUCGAUGUAUUUCUUCUUGCUUAUGCGAUAUUUAUAUCGAGCAGAGGGGACCGUAAGAGGGUAUGAGAAGGAGAAGAGAAAGAGAAAUUUUCGUGCUUGCGUAAUCCUAACAAUCGUCGUGUUCUCGAGUGCCAUUAUGUAUCUAUACUUACAACCACUUGAUGCACGUUCCAUCCUGAACGACAAGUACAAGGGCGAUGAAAGAGAUUUGGAAUAAAUUUAAGUUGGUGCGCCGAUUCCCGGGUUCCGAAAGCAUCUUCGAUGAUGAUUAUUGUGAAUUAAUUCUUUCUCACAUCUUUGUAGGGGGAUUUUCGAAAAGUCGGACGAUGUUUUGUAACGAAGGCGAUCGUCGGCACCCUCAUUCCGCGAGGUGCGGUUCCCUCUUAUCCUGCACACUGGUCCCGAUCCCGCUAGCCGAGCUGCACUUUUUCAUUAUACGUUUAUUCGGCAAAGUCCGAUGACCUUACCGAGGGCUGCACUCCUCUAUACAACUCCACUGCACCUCGAGUCUCCGAGCUUCUUCGAUACGACGACGGUGAGAUUGGAAUUAAAUUUCAACGUUCUAAUUAUCAAAGAAAAUAGUAUUCACUAACAAGCACUUCGAAUGUUCGAUUUCUGAUUUAUUCGUCAAAAUUGAUGGCGAUUAAUAUAAAUUUGUCAUGUACGUUUUGUUUCGAUCUUCGAAGGGGUCCCAAAUUUAUCCAGCGAUCCUUGCUGUCCGAGGACCGAAGGAGAAAGAUGCGGACUUUGCCUCGCGUAGCGAUGCGACGGCGUGUGUCCUCUUCUUGCAAAGUGCGGAUAUGUCUGCGCACGUUUCGUCGCCCAACGCCGUUGUAGACUGGCUUUUGGUAGGGGUGAGAAGGCGGGACCAAAAAACAGGUGUUUUCCCCACCGUCGUAACGUAAACUCACAAUCAGUUGCAACGAUAGAUUGACUCGAUGAACCCGUCGAUGAUCGGAUACCGAUGAAAAUGAACCGACGAACGACGAUGACGUCGGGAGCACCUAUUGACGUCUACGAACGAACCGCAGGAAGUCCAAGAGUUGUUGCAGGGGCAAAUUGUCGGAACCCCACUACGGAGUCUGAGAGAUCUCGGAAACUGGGCGUACGACUCGCUAUAGGGACUCUCUUUGGUCUGAGGAAAGAUUGGAGGGAGAAAUUGGCUCUUUUCGGUCAUCACGAGAGCCCAUUACGCGUACCCAGGGGCUUUGAUUCUCGCAUCCUUACCGGUGUGGCCGGAUUCGUUUGUGAUUUUGAAGUGAGCCGCGGAAGAUCGACUCGUGAUGCAGCCCGGGGGAGUAAGGGGGACGAGGGAAGAACGAAACUUCGGUAUGCCUCCUCAGGUAUGAGGUAAGAUUGCAGGGGGAGGGCGAAGAGGAAGGACGAGAAUAAAAGA